AUGUCAAAUAUCUAUUCUGAAGACAUUUUAAAUAAUCCUCAACAAGUUGGAUGGGUUGGUGCUGCAGUUAUGCCAAGCCCGGUUACCCGGCUUCCUUCAGAUCAAUGGACAGCAGAAUCUUAUAACAAACAUUUUUCUUCUAAAGUUAAUACACCUGCCACUGAUAUAUCAUUUUAUGAAUUACCACCACAAGAUGAUAUUAAGGUUGAAUUUGAGAAGCCUUCUUUGGUACAUGGGGCUAAGGAAGCUGUCGUUGGAAAGAUUAAAGAAACGAUCGGUAAACUAACGCGUAAAGAAUAUUUAAAAGAAUCCGGUAGAGAUCAAAAAAGAUGGGGAAAACGUGAAAUUAAAGCUGCUAAAAAGGAAGGCACCAUGAAUGAUAAUCGGAAUCAUACAAUUUAA